AUGCGAACACUUGGGCCUUCUCCAAUCAGGACGGUUCAUCUCUGCAUUUGCAGUGAUGACCCGGAUUUCCGCCCUGCAGUGGUGGCGAUUCGGUCCGCUGUGGCAUCUUCCGAGCAGUCGCAUCGCUUUGUGUUCCAUUUCGUCACUACGCCGGAACUCUCAACGCGAUUCCUGGCAGUGGCGAAGCUGCAACUUCCUGGCAUACGAUUAGAGGUCCAUGCCGACGAAGAGCUGCAGGAAGCCAUUCAAAGCCGCAUUCUGUUCCGCAAGGGAGCAGGCCGCAGGGUCCUUGCAAGUCCGUUCAAUUUCGCUCCGUUCUACCUGCCGAGCUUCUUGCUUGCCUCAAGCCAGACUUUUCACGCGCGGACCGAGAGGUUGAUAUACUUCGAUGCUGACAUUGUUAUUCUCGGCGAUCUUGCCCAGCUGUUUGACAUGAACAUGCACGGCAAAGUCUGUGCAGCCGUCCCAUAUUGCCACCAGCAGCUCAAGACGUACAUCAACUUCGAAGUCCUCCACAGCCUAGGCUACGAAGGGAUUGACCCGGACUCCUGCAUCGCCAACCGUGGGCUCCUUCUGGUUGAUGUCGUGGCUUGGAAGAGCAUGAAGAUCACAGAGUCGAUAGAAAAUUGGCUUGAUGUGUAUCGCUCUUCUGAAAUCGAUCUUUGGGUGGGUGGCAUGUCGCAGCCACCUUGGCUGCUGGCGAUGAAUGGGAACUACACGCGCCUUUCAGAUGCCCUUCGACCCCAAAUCUGCGCUGUUCUGUGUUUGGCAAGUGACGACAUUGCAAGCCUCUGCGACAUGUGGAGUGCGGAUUUCGUGAUUGUAUCGUAUGGGUUGGAAAUCCGUAUAGCGCAUGCCAUUGUGGCUACAAGCAACAAGACUCAUCCCCACGGUGCUCUUGCUCCUUGA